UUAUGUCGUAAAACAUCAAAGGCAUAACUUGACUGCGCAACUAAUAGCGUUUGCGUUUUAAUCUUCAAUUUUUCUCGCGACGAUGUCUCUUUAUUUUAAUGGAAAAGUGUAUUUCCAUAACGAAUCAAUAAAAUAAAUAUAAUAAACAACAACACUCGAAUCUCCCGCCCUGCGACCGCAGCGCCGUUGCCAUAGCCGCGCGCAGCAGUGUGGGCAAUAUAUCUAUAUAUAUACGUGUAUAUACAUCAGCUCGCCCACACGCAAAAACCAAAGCCAGACUCGAGCGAGACAGCCGUAUCCACAGCCAACGCAAGGAAGAGAGACGCCAAGCGAAUAAGUAUAGGUAUAGCGUAGCCCCGAUCUCGGCCGAGGCUUCAGCGAACGAGAGUCGACCUGACCCGAAGACUCCAACCGUUGGACUAUCUCUCGGUCGACGCCAGCGCCACCGCACGUCCCCCGCGACGCUCAGUCGGCUCAGUGUGGCAGCAGCAGCAUUCGCAAGUGGACGUGCGUGGCUCUGCGGACGACAGAGACGGAGCUGCGAAGAAACGAAGCUGCUCGUCGAAAGAGUAGCAGCUGCAGCAGAGGACACACGACGGGCAGACUAACGCGCAGCUAUAGGAACGGAGUAAAACGGAUCGUCGUGUCCGCGAGUGCGCGCGUGUUAGACCGAACGAUGAGUCGCUCGCACACCGGGGACUGAAGGUGAAGACUGCUAUAACCCAACAGCCGCGAGAGCUAGUGAGCGUCCGUCAGCACGUAUAGCCCGACCUUCGCGAGCGAGGCGGCGUUGAAACUGAGUGCCGUGUGUAUAUAUUGCGAGUACAUGUUUACUAAUAGAGGUACGUAGUGCGCGAAGACGACGACGACGACUCGUGAUCGUCUUGUUCUUCGACAAUGUGUGCAGCAGCAGCAGCAGCAGCAGCAGCAGCCGCAGGGACAGGCUCGUCGCCGAGGUUCGCCAGCCCAGCGAGCGACGUGUCCAGCAGCAGCUCGACUCCGGUUCUCUGGAGAUAGAGAAGGCCUCUCUCGCUAGCUUCUGUGUGUGAGUGCCGUAUGUGUGCGUGUGUCUAAGCGAGACAGAGAGUCGGAGCAGCAGCGAGAGCGAAAGAGAGCGAAAGAGAGAGAGAGAGAGAGAGAGAGAGAGAGACGAACAGGCGGCACAACAAGAUGGCUGUGGCUGUCUGAGAGGAAGCAGCAGCAGCAGUCUGUUCGGGCGAGCGAAGGGAAUCCGGUGCGUGGAGAUUCACAAAAGGGAGUGAGCGCGAGAGACAGAGAACAGCGACAGCCCCUCAUCACGCUGGAGGCUGCACGAGCUGAACGAGGCAGGAGUAGGCGCCGGAGGAACAUGAGCGCCGAGCUACCGAGACGACGACAGCACCAUCGUCGGACUCGCGCUACGUGAGGAAGAGAGAGAGAGAGAGAUAGGAGACUGACAGCAGCAGUUGGGGACACCGCGGACAGAAAAGAGAGAGAACGACUGAUCGACGGGCCCGAGGACUGAGAGAGAACCUGGCCGAGAGGAGCGAGAGGGAAUGUGUGACAUGUUCAUCCAAACACAGCAGACGAGUAGCGUGAACAGCAGUAGCAGCAGUAGCGGCAGCGGCAACAAUACCGCCCACCACCACAGCAAGAAGCGCAAGUUGGAAUACGACAUCGGCCAGCCGGUCAUCCAGCACGCUCUGGUCCAGUCAAGCAGCGACUACCAAUUGGACAGUAAUCCUGCCCUGCAGCGAUAUUCGGUGAGCAACAACAACGGCACCGCCUUCGGCACGCUGCAAAAUAAUGGGCUGCAGAAGCAGAGCCCGAACCAACAGACCCUCGUGCGAGCCUCGACGAUCAAGCUCUUAGACACGUACCAGCGCUGCGGCCAGAAGAGAAAAUCCUGGUCGAGGGAAGGUAAUGCUGAAGUCCUGGCGGUCCACACAGCCAACAACGCAGCGGCAGCAGCAGCAGCUACGGCAGCAGCAGUACAGGGCACGACGAGCCUAGUAUCCCAACUCCACGGCCAGCAACAACUGCAGCCGCAGCAGCAGCAGCAGCAGCAGCAGCAGCAGCCACAGCAGCAGCAGCAGCAGCAGCAACAGCACAAGGCCAGCACGAUGACGUCCCACACGAAGCAGGUCAGCAACAACGGCAACGGCAACGGCGGCUCGAAUCCUCAGGGCGAUGGAGACUACCAGCUGGUCCAGCACGAGGUGCUGUACUCUAUGACCAACCAGUAUGAGGUGCUCGAGUUCCUCGGACGUGGUACAUUCGGACAGGUCGUGAAAUGUUGGAAGAAGGGAACAAAUGAAAUAGUGGCUAUCAAAAUUCUAAAAAAUCAUCCUUCGUAUGCUCGGCAAGGUCAGAUUGAGGUCUCCAUCCUGUCACGUCUUAGUCAGGAAAAUGCGGAUGAGUUCAACUUCGUGCGUGCCUACGAAUGCUUCCAGCAUAAGUCACACACCUGCUUAGUAUUCGAGAUGCUGGAGCAGAAUCUUUAUGAUUUUUUAAAGCAGAACAAAUUUUCGCCUCUACCACUCAAGUACAUCAGGCCCAUUCUCCAACAAGUUCUCACGGCGUUGCUUAAACUCAAACAAUUGGGUUUGAUCCACGCUGACCUUAAGCCAGAAAAUAUCAUGCUCGUGGACCCCGUACGCCAACCAUACCGCGUCAAGGUCAUAGAUUUCGGUUCGGCCUCGCACGUUUCCAAGGCCGUCUGUAAUACGUACCUGCAAUCGCGUUACUACCGCGCGCCCGAGAUCAUUCUCGGACUGCCAUUCUGCGAGGCUAUUGAUAUGUGGUCACUCGGCUGCGUCGUCGCCGAGCUCUUUCUCGGCUGGCCGCUCUACCCCGGCAGUUCUGAGUAUGACCAGAUUCGAUACAUCAGCCAGACCCAAGGCCUACCCACUGAGCACAUGCUCAACAACGCCAGCAAGACGACCAAAUUUUUCUACAGGGAUAUUGACAGUACGUACCCUUUCUGGCGACUAAAAACACCCGAGGAACAUGAAGCAGAAACGAGUAUUAAAUCUAAAGAAGCGAGAAAGUACAUCUUCAAUUGCCUCGACGAUAUUGGACAGGUUAAUGUACCGACGGACUUGGAAGGGGGUCAACUUUUGGCCGAGAAAGCCGACAGAAGAGAAUUCAUUGAUCUUCUCAAGAGGAUGCUGACGAUGGACCAGGAGCGCCGAAUAACACCUGGAGAGGCUUUGAAUCAUGCGUUCGUGACACUAGCGCAUUUGGUUGAUUAUGCACACUGCAAUAACGUUAAGGCAUCCGUGCAAAUGAUGGAGGUGUGCCGACGGGCGGGCGACUUUACGGCGAGUCCGGCUCACCACCAGGCUCCGCCGGCGCCCCAGCCGCCGCCACCGACAUCGCUUGUUGCUAACUUUGUACCAACAACUAACGGUAGCGCAGUUACGCUCACCUUUAACAACCAAGUGCAAAGGCUGGUCCGCGAGCACCGUACCGCUCAGUCGGGUUACGACAAUUUGUACCAAAUAUACAGCAACAGUAGUCGAAGAGCUAAUCAGUACAGCAGUUCGUCCAAUGGUUCAAAUAGUGGUAGAAGCGCGGUACAUGAUUUCCCGCAUCAACUGGUACCUGGCAUUCUUUGUCCGCCUCCUGGUUAUCAAACAAUGCCAAGCCCAGCCAAGCACGUUGUUGUUGCACAGCCCCCGCAAGCUCAACAGGCUCCCCUGCAGAUUCAGCCAUCUAUUAUUUCACAGCAAGCCGUUGCAGCAGCUGCUGCUGCAGCGCAACAGCAAUACGCCGUACCUGUAUCUAUGGUAGAAACUGGACGUCAAAUGUUAUUAACGAAUGCUGUGCAAACGUCUUGGCCUGGCGGAAGUAGACAAAUGGCUGCAAUUGUACCAUCGUGGCAGCAGUUGCCUCCUCAGCAUGCUGCAAUCCAACAACCUCUUUUGAGCGAUGCUGGAGACUGGGGCAGACCUUUGAUAGUAGACAGUUCUGCAAUUUUACAGGAUCAGAGGCCGGUAUUUCCAGUCACGGAGGUAUACAACACGAGUGCCCUGGUGGAUCACGCGCCUCCGCAGAACUGGGGAAAGCGCAGCGUAAGCAAGCACCAUCAGCACCAUCUAAGCGUACCGCAGCAGUCCCAGCACCGCACCCACGAGCACAAAAAAGAGCAGCAGCAGUUGAGCCCGGUGAAGAAACGCGUCAAGGAGAGCACACCGCCGAGCAAUGUGCGCCGUCAGCAACAGCAACACUCGCCGCCGCCAGUACAGGCCUCCUCGUCCUCGGCCUGGCAAACGCAGCCAAUUUCGCAGUCCUCCUUGUCGUUGUCGCAUCAUCAUUCAACGACCAAACACCAUCAGCACCAGCAGCCGCAGCAGCAACAGCAGCAGCAGCAGCCCGAGCACCAGCAGGUCUCCUAUGUUAGGCAGCAGACCAUUACGAUACACGACACGCCAUCGCCUGCCGUGUCAGUCAUUACCAUCAGCGACAGCGAGGACGAGACGCCCGGAAAAUGCACACAGUCGAAUUCUCGCGUGGUGCACAGUACUCAGCAGCAGCAACCCCAGCAACAGCAGGUGCAACCGGCUCACUCAACCAGCCAUUCGCAGACAAACGGACACAGCGGCAGUACACAACGGUCUCAUCGUAAAAACGUUAUAAACUGCGUAACGGUUGCCGACAGCGAUGGUGAGGCCAGCCCUGGCAACAGGUCACACCCGACUCACCUGUAUCAACAGAUACCCCAGCACCAACAACAUCCACAAACGACGCAGCACAUCAAGCAUGAACCGCAGCCACAACACCAUAUCAAUUCUGGCUACUCUUCUCAAUCGCAAAAGAAGCGUCUGUUGGCUAAAGUGCAGUCGGAGUGUAAUAUGAUAAACGUACCAACGAAACCGGAACCUGGUGUUGAGUAUUUGGCACCUCACCCCUGUCAUGCAGCGGCCUGCAAAGAGCCACCUUCGUACCAGGAUGACGGCUAUGAUAUGCGUGACUACUUCUUGCAGUAUGUAACAACGAGCAGUGCACAGCCGCAUCUACUCGAGCAACAUAUAGUUUAUACAACCGGGGCUGACAAACGGGUCUCGUGGCCCAGUAAGCGAGCUGAGUACAAGCAUGAGUAUGUGCAACCGCCAGCGGCCCACUCGCGAGACCAUCAAAAGUGGGCGGUCGCUAAUCCUGUGCAUCAGUACAGACAGAGCCAGGUAGUGGGCACUACGGGUACGGUGCAGCCGAGUGGCGGUGUACAGCACGGCCAGCACCUAAGCCCAGUGGGCUCGUCCGUCGCCGUUGGCGUCGGUGGCGGCGGCUCUGGCUCUGGGCCUAACAACGGCUCUGGGGUCAGCGGAGGAGGUGGAGUCGUACAGACUUCUGGAGGCGGGCGUAGUCCCGCGGGUGGCGGGGGUCCCCCUGUCAUCGCCGGGGCCCAGCACCUCGGCCAGCCCCUCUACCAAGAAUACGCGCACGCAGUGCGCCCUAGGGCUCAUCCGGUGCCGCCACCCGUUUACGUCACCGCCGCCCCAAGCCAACCGCCCCAGCAGCAGCAAUUGCCCACCUACCAGGGAUUCACACCCGGCUCGUCUCCACUAACGUUGUAUGAUUCUAGUCGGGCGCUACCGCCCCCGGCCCAUCACAGCUCGGCGAGGCCGCUGCUCGCCUCGCAUGCGGCCCAUCCGCUACCGGCCCACAUGCAGCCCACGGCGGUCUACGGCCUGGCGCCUCUUUCGCCCGCCAAACACCAAUACCAGUCCGGCCUCUGGUUCACCGAGUAAAUCAUCUGCUGCCACCGCCGCCACUAAAUUUUCUCGUCAGUCCGAGUUUUCGCUUAGUGGAAGAGAAAAAGAGAGAGAAAAAAAUUAUACAUGUAACGGACUUUUGCCAGAAUAGCACGAGGUAGAAAGAAGCGCUCGAGGGGUGACGAAUUUUUAAGGAUCAAUUUUUUUUGCGUGUAGCGAGGUCUAUUGCUCGAUCUCAAAUAAAUAAUGGAUUCAUGCACAGUGCAUAUUUAUUUCGAAAUCGAGUGGUCAGGUCGUAGUCAAAUUGCAUGCUCAGUCCAAGUGGGCUUUUUAACGACACGCUCAAGACUUUUUAUGCAUGAUAAUAUAUUAUAUUCUGCCUCGGUUCUUCUGACAAAAGUCCACGUCUACGUGAGCGAAAAUUAAUGAUAAAACGACGCGGUGAGCAAAGAGUAUAUGGAAGGGUGUCGCGAAGCGUCAGAGCUUUUGCGCGCGCGCGGACACAUACGCACGUGCAUCGUAGCGAAAUGAAGCGUACGUUUAUUGUCGAACGGGGAGGAUCAGGUCGUUGCCCUCAACGGUUUUUACUUUGCUUACACGAAGACUAGAGCAACUAUCCGGAAAAACGUAAGAAACGAAAAUCAAUUAAAGAGAAAAUAAAAUUACGCAUUAACAAUCCGUCCUUAAAGCAGCAGCUCGAGGGAGUCCUCCCCGGUCCCCAUCCACUGCCUGUCCAAAGUUUACGUGCACUAUAAGUCUAUAUCUCAGUCUCGAGUUUAUACUGCGCGGUUAUGCGUACAGGGAAUUUAAGCGAUUUUUUAUGAGCUACGUCAUUUUUUCAUCCCCGUUUAUGAGGCACGCGAAAGGUUCUGGAUUAUUGUAUAAUAUUAUACGCUUCGCGUCGCCGUUCCUCACAAGAACGAGAUCAAUUGUAUAGGGCGAUUGCUGACUGUGUGUAACUAGGAUAUAUAUAUAUAUAUAUAUAUAUAUAUAUAUAUAUAUAUAUAUAUAUAUAUAAAAUUAAAUGCAAGCGUUAGGUGUACGGGGAGAGUAUAAAUGUUUAAUGAAACAAAAACAGAGGAGUUCGGGGGAUAAUAAUGUAAACGUUGUUUCUUUCCACGCGCCGCAAGCGCGCUCCUCUCUCUCGCUGUGCGAGAGGAGCGUCGACUGGAGUUUAUAUAUAUGAGAGCAAAGUAUAUUAUUAUUUUUCGUUCGUUCGAGCGAUCACAUGCACUAGAGGCAGGCAAGGAGCCUACGGAAACGAGUCUGGACGACUUUAGGAUGACGAAGUUUGAUAGAGAGAGAAAGAAAAAAUAAUAAUUCUUAAGUGAUUGGCGAGUCAGCCGAUUCGCUGCUGGAGUCUUUGGCGAAAUGAGAACCUAGCAGUUCGCCACUCGACUGAGGGUUCCAGCGACUGCUGGAUGCGUUAUAUACCGUACGAACCUGCGAGUGAAAUUGUUAGAAUGAAGCGCUCGACCGAUCGAACAACUGCGCAUCUCAGCGACUAUGAAAUUCACUGCUAUUAGUGUCGUUGACUAUAUACUAAAACUAUAUACCAUACGGUGGACAUAUAAGUUUGCAUUUCUAAUGGUAUGCUAGAUGCGUAUCAUGCUUGUAUAACUAUAUAUACAUAUAGACAUCGUUUUUAGCGCUUUCGUUUUAAUGCGGAUUUUAGUUUCGAUAUGGGAAAGAAAGACGCGCCGCGUCCGCGCGCACCGUCUGGUAGAUAUUUUUUUUUGUUUUGUUUCGUUUGGGUCACUAAAGGGAAUUUUUUAAUGAACGAUAGAGGUUUUUGACGUCGUGAAAGAGGAGUAAGGAAGGCACAUCGCGCGUUGCCUUUGCGACGACUACGCAUACACAAACACAAAGACACAAAAGUACACAGACACACGUAGAAGGCACCGACGACGUCUUCUUUGUAAUUUACACUCGUUAUGAACUACUUUCAAAAUCAAGCUUGUAUGAUUUAGUUAGGGUUACUUCUGAUUUUGUUCGCAGCAAAUUUUAAUUAUGCUAUUAAUGUUUCUCAUUCUUUCGCGAACUAUCGCAUCAUUCGAACUGGGUGGUAGUACGAGUAAGACAUAGACAACAGUAGUUCGAUGUAUUAGAUCGCGCGCCCACGUGCACUUUUUGGUAAAUUAGGGUGUCGCACAUCGGAGACGAAGCGAAAGCUGUGUAUUUACCCAGACAGCCUAUUAUACUAUUUAUUGUAAAUCGCUGUUCAUUCUAUGCGUAUUAACUGUGUUUAGAAGUGGUUGUCGCUACGCUUGCGACUUCUUUUAUAAUUACUGUAUCAUGAUCAUUAUUAUUACUACUAUUACUAUUAUUGUUUAAUGAACUUUCGUUGUUAUCGUGCCGUUGUUUCGCGAACUUGUAUAUAUUGCUGAGCGAGGAGAAGUACUUCUCUUUUGAUGCUCAUACCUUUCGUGGGUCGAUAGAAUUUUUUCUCUGGACAUUUUAAUUUACCAUCGCACUGAAUAACGUACCUAUAGAUAUACAAUAUGCAUCACUUUCAUUAUUAUUUUUCUUUUUGAUGUAUUUCUAACAAGCUUUAUUUAAUUAAUAUAUACUUAUUUGUGCACGCUUAUUUUAUUUUUAUUUAGGUCGUGGGUAAAUUAUAAAAAUAUGCGGAAAAAGGUUAAAAUGAAAUAAGAUCCUCUAAACACAGUUUUACAAAUUUCUCAUCUCCGGCGGUCCAGCGCAUUAAAUUUGUUUGCUCGUUUUUUGUCGUAUUGGUGUAUAGAGGAGCACCGCCCGAGAGACCAAAUAUUUGGGGAGAAAAAUUAUAAAGCAGAUUAAAAAAAUGAAUUCAUCGAUUAUUUUACGUAACAUAUAAGCAGUCAUUUUUUCCCAGAUGUUGCUUGCUUUUUACUAAUAAACGCACGCGGUAACAGUUCCAUGUCCUUCUCUAUGAAUGAUAAUGAUUUUCAAGCGCGUUGACGACAGAGCUCCGGAUCUGAAAGAACUUUCGAAUUACGCUGUAAAAAAUUAAAAAUUUGUGCGUGAUUGUUUCGUUUAUCCAAUAGUCAUUGUCAUUCGUUCGAUAGAAUCACGUCAUCACACUUGUAUAUAAUAGUAAUGUAACGCGAUGCAUGAUUUUUUUUUAACUAGAUUAGUUUAUCUUUUAAUCACGUUCUUCCCUUCAUUUUUUCACGAAAUCGAAUCUAAUCAUGCGAUUUAAUAUGAUUUCUAUAGAAGAGAGGAAAAUCAAUUUGUACAUAGAUUUUUAAUUAAUAUAUGCAUUUUUUAUUUUUUAAAGUAUUUGCGCAUCUAACAACUGUAUCUUGCUCAAUACAAACUGCAAAUUGACGCAUUAAUUCUUAAUUCUAAUAUUGGAUUAAUUUAUCGGAGAUUCAAUCCAGAAAUAUAAGUACAUGUAUAUUACGCACUAAUUAAGAAAAAAAUCAUCUACACAAAGUCACUUUUUGAGCUAAAAAUACAAUUAGUUAUUAAUGAACGGGAUUGAUAUAUUGAUUAUAGUGAUACGCGUCCAGAACAUAAUUAAUUAUAUUGUAUGUAUAGGUUUAUUCUAAGACAUUCAAACGUUUUAGAAAUACGUUAUGUAGAAUAUCGCGAGUUGUAAGGGAUCCUUUACUUGAUGAUAAGCAAUUAAUAAUAAUGCCUCCAAUAUUAGCGGUAUUAAAAAUUAGGCUGAAUAAUGAUUUUGACGUACGCGUAGACAACGUAAAGUGUGUUUCUUUAUUUUAUUUCAAAUUUCCGAAGAAUAAUUGAAGUUGUAAAUUUGCACUUAUCGAUAAUUUUUUAUCUAAAGGCAAAAUUUAAAACAAUUUAUGCAUUAGUCAGGAUUAAAGAGUGAGAAUAUGUCGAAAUAAUUUAUGUCAGAUCAAGCUACGUCAAUAUCAACAAAACAGAAAAAAAUUAUUUGUGCCGAUGUCUAAUAUGUAUAGCCGCAUAAUAAAUUCUGUACGAAAUCUAUCUAAUCACGUCGAUGUGCCUGUUUAACAAGUAAUCGUAAUUUAUGUUUAGCGGAUAAAAAAAGCGGAAGUUUAAAGAACAACACUAAAAUUAUAGAGCAAGGAAACGUUUUAUCAAUAUCAACAUAAAACUCAUAUUUGGCCGUAGCAUUUAAUCAAUCAAUGUGACCGCGCUGAACAAAAAAGUUUGCGCACAUGUAAAGAAAAAUUAACCAACAAUACAACGUAAUUCAAGCAUACACACCUUUAAUGCAAAUAUUAACUCAGUUUUUUAAAGAUAUAAAAUCACGCAAUUAUCUUCCUUUUGCAUAUGUAUGCACAGAACCAUAAUACAAAUCGUCGAGUCUAAGGUCGACGUAUCAUACACUGUUAGUCAUAUCGUUAUAUUCAGCGUAUAACAUAUAUAUCGUUUUUCGGGAACACAUAAAGUGAUAUACAUAUUUUAUCCAUUGUAGGAGUCAUAUUUAAGUGCUCACUUCUGAGUCAUUUGCGUUGGUACUAUAUGCAAUAGACGGCAGAAUGGUAUAGUUGAGAUUAGAUGGACUUUCGACGCAACGCUCAUUCGUAUCGUAUUUAAUUUUUAUUAUAAUACUUGUCAGUGCAGCGAUAUUGUUUGUAAUACGAAAUUUGUAAAAAGAAAAUGUAAUUUUCAAUAAUCUGAUGAACACUUGUUUAAAAUAAUAUCCUGAGUUUGUUCGAACGAUCGUUGCAUUGCUAUAAAGAUUAUCCGCUAAUAAUUAUAUAGCAUCACACAGUCAUAUGUAAACAAUUUACAAUUACAUUAUAAACGAGAAAUAGGCUAAAGAAACGUAAAUAUAAAAAUCAUCCAUGCAAGGAUAACGAAAAACAGAAAGAAGUAAUAAAUGAAACAAAGACAAGGGUAAACAGUGUCCCGAGCGGAUAAUGAAAUACUGUAAUCAUGUCGUUGGUUCUAGUUGUGAUAUUUUACUAAAGUAAAGACGUCUAUAGUUAAGCGGUGAACAUUUAUAAAAUUUUGGUAAAUGGCUAAAGUAAAAUAUAUACACAAUACAAAGUAAAUCCACGUGAAAUAUAUAUAUAUAUAUAUAUAUAUAUAUAUAUAUAUAUAUAUAUAUAUAUAACUAUCUUAUUAAAGCCUUGAGAUGUAAACCGACGAUGUAAGAGAGAAAAUUCGAACCAGAAGAUGGUUGUUCGGAGAAGGGCAAAUAUUAUUAUUAUUAUUAUUAUUAUUAUUAUUAUUAUUAUUAUGUACAUGCAAAAAAAUUGGCAAGAAUUUAAGUCAAGGGUCAGAAAGUUGCGAAUUUAUUUAGUUGAUUUCGUUGGCGUACAAACAUAUGCAAACUUGAGGCAAAAAGAAUACUUUUCAAUAUUAUGGAUAUUUUAAUUUAAAAAAUAACAAUAUAAGCCAACGAUUUAAAUAGCGCGUCAUAAAGGGGUGACGUGCAGUGCACCUGUCGAUUCUUAAUAAACAUAGUGCACGAGAUUUUUCGAAUAUACAUGCAGAGAUGUAUAAGUAUAUUAAAAGUAUGCGCACGCAUUGAACGUGUGUAUUUAAUGUGUAAAGACAACAAAAAAAAAAAAAACAAAUAACUUGUAAAACAUUAUUUUUAACCAGGAUUUCCAUUUGUAUAUAUGUUUCUUAAUGAAUUUGUGGUACUUGUUAGGCUAGGAGUAGUGCCUAAAAAUUUCGGUAGAGUAGUCAUUGAAGAUGUUUGUAUAAGGGACUGAACUGUGGUAUCGGCGAUAACUAUAGAGUCGAUAUACGUUUUAAACAAAAUAAAAGUAUCGUAUACAUAGCUGGACUAGGUGGAUAGUAACAUAAUUUCAAAUCACUAAUCGAGUAGCGCGGGCGAAUCUCUUUUUACGUCCAUUGGCCCUUGCAAUUAUUGCAUGUACAAUUAACAUUUAGAGCUGAGGGUUUCGUGCGACUUGUUUUUAUAAUUCAUGCCUUGCUUAUCUAUUUAAUCGACUGUACGUACUGAUACGUGAUUUGUAAUUCGAUUGCUGUGCAUCUGUCUACUUCCGUUUGUAACACGUGCUAUAGUCGUAUAAUAACAACACUUAAACGACUCUUCAAGAGAGAGAGAGAGAGAGAGAGAGAGAGAGAGAGAGAGAGAGAAAGAGAGAGAGAGAGAGAAAGAGAGAGAGAGAGAGAGAAAGAGAGAGAGAGAGAGGGAGAGAGAGAAGCGAUAAAAGUUUAUUAAAAUCAUUUUUAAAAAGUAGGAUUUUUAAAUGUUAAUUUCAUAUGAUUGUUUGAUUGCGUUGCAUACUAAAACUUCAAUCGAGUUCAUCUCAUCGUUUUAAAGUAAUGUUCAAUGUUCUAUUUUAUUACAUUACAAUUUUCUUUGGAUUUUUGUCGAUAAAAGUAACAAUAAUGUUAGGUGUUAAAUAUAGUAUAUAUUUUUGAAACUAAUUCCUGCUUUACGAAAGUGACACUUGCGUCGUUCGGAUAAUCGUUAAAUAUGCGUUCCUUUGAAUAUUGUUCGUGCGCUGUAUUCUAUUAAUUUUAACUGUAAAAUUGCGACUUAUUCAAAAGUAUUUCUUUCAUCCUUGUACAAAAUUAAAAAAAAACUAAUGUUUUUCCGAAAGUAGCUGUUUGUGCAACGGUAAAACUAUAAGUACAAUAAUUUCGUAAUAAUUAUUGCGUACAAUAAUUUUCGUAAAAAAAAGAACAAGUGUAAGAAAGUCCACAAAUGACAAAAUCAAAAAGAUUUAAAACUAGCGUCAUUAUAACGGAUAACGCGGGGAUUAUAUUAAAAUUGCGUAGUUUAAUCAAGCAUGUGAUUUGACGCAUACACGUCGGCAAGUAUAAGAAAUAGAACGACAUUAGAACAUGAAAGAUGUUAUGAUACGUCGCUUGACGCGAAUGUAGAAAAGUAUGGAAACGAAAGAAUAAAAAACUGAAUGCAAUGCAGGAGAUGCAUUGUGUAAACGUGACAAUCCAAGCCCGAGUUUCAAGUUUAAAUUUAUCGGUUGCGUAUCCGAAUUCUGUAUGGUAUAAAAAGUAAAACAACAGGAACAACAAAAUCAGCACUUAUCCUCUCUCGCUAUCGAAACUAAAGUUGAGUAUGUAUUAAGUUGUUUUGCGAAACAGAUGUAAGAGUAGCGUUCCUGGCACGAUGACAGUUUCACAACGCGAUUUUUUCAAACUCGGAUAUUUCGGAUGCCCAAUUUGCCUUGUCCGUAUUGUGCAUUGCAGUUGCCAAAGCUUCGAAGAGAGAAAGUCGAUCGAUGCGUCGAGACUUGCCGGAGAACUGAAAUAAGCCGAGGAACAAGUACCUAUGAUAGUUUCACUCGAAAGUUUGUACGAUGACGACGAAUCGCUUAAUUUUUUUCAACUGCCAUAGAUUUUGGGCAGCAGACUUGUGGCGAUUCCUCGCUUUUCUCAGUCCUUCGACGGGUGACAAAAAAUACACAAGGAACUGAACUGAAUAAACAAACAAAAAAACUACUCGUGUAGAGUUAAACGUAUAUCUGUAGCAUAACCGAUUAAUUUAAUACGUAUUGUUUUCAAAUUGUAAGAGAUAAACAGGCGUAUAACCGCAGCGUAGAUGAUACAUUGUAGACAGAAAGAGAAAAAAGGAUAGAUGUAAUAUACGACAUAUUUUUGGAUUUCGAUAGAUGUGCGUGUUCCGUCUACGUGUUGUAUAAAUCUUAGCCACGCAAUAUAAUGUGACUAGGAUAUUUUGCGAGUUAGGCGGGAGUUUUAAUAAAAAAGUUAAUCAGAUUUUGCACGAGAAAGGAGCCAUCAUCGGUCGCACUUUACUCUUGCAAGAGUGAAGUACGAUUAACGAGCUCCUUUUCCCUCAGCUUUACCGUAAACACAUACAAGCACACAUACACAUACAUCGACCCCGCGUUAUAGAGUUAGAAGAUUGUUUCGAAAAAAACGACGCGCUUAGCUUGACCAAACUCCAAUUUAAAUAAACGAACGUAAUGAUUGUAAAGGGAAACUUAUAGGGCGCUUAAUCGCUUGAAGCUGUGAGUAGAGUUAUCUACGAAAAUCCUAAGAUUAUAUUGCGAAUCUUGAAAUGGUUUUUCUUUUAACUAAACGACCGAACAUUUUCCAUGUCACGAGUAUGGGCGUUUUGCAUUGAAACAUUUGUCGGAAGUGUUCGUAGAACGAUGGUAUCGGAUUUUAUUGUAAAACAGAGUCGAGCAGUGAUUAGCUCGUUCUGCAUUCUGAAAAUUACCGGUUACAAUACAAAGAUGAAAAAUGAUUUCCCGCAGAAAAGCCAAAAUUGUCUUUAUUUUUAUUUUUGUAAAAAGACAACAAUUUAGACUUUCAAUAAGGAAACUGAUUAUUAUUUUGUAAAUAGCACCUAAGUCAAUUGUAAAGUCAGUAGUGAUGGGGUAUAGUUUGUAAAUGCAGUGGUCGAAUAAGUAAAAUCAAAGGGAAUCGCGUUCAAUUUUUACUCGUGCAUGGAGAAUAUAUUUGUAAAAAAUGCUAACAUUUGUAACAAUUGCAAGGUAUACUUGUUUUAUUGCAAAAUAAAAAUGUACAAUUGUAAAAUAUUUGAUAAACAAAGAUUAAAACCUUCAAACUGAUGGAAAUAUGUAGUCUUUUAAUUUUUUUACCGAUUUUGUUUAGUUUUAAGUUCACUUAAUUUAUCCUUAUUUCUGUUUCCUACGAACUAUAAUUACCUUAACUAUCUACCCGAUUAAUCUUAAGUUGUUCUAGUUUACUUAAUUCACGAUUGAAAUAAAAGUAAAUAGAUAUUUUACAAUUCUAAGAUUCGAAUAAAAAUUGUUCUGCGUAAAAUAUCCCGUAUCUUUUUCUCUCGACUAUAGCCACGGUCGUUUGUAGCUAUUCCUAUAACAAAAACACAAUUGAACAUCACGAUUCAUCGUGGUCUUUUUCUGCAUAAUUUAGAGUAUUUUUGUAUUGUGCGUUCUCUUCGAAGUUCGAGCAGAAACUUGUUUUAUUAAUACUUAAUAUGAAAUAUACCUUCCUUUGGGAGUUUCGCAGAAAAAAAAAUAGAUCUUGUAGUUUCGAUGUGAUCUAGUAUAAUAAUGUAAAUAUGAUGCUUAUGAUAGUAUGGUACUAAGUGUAAUAUUGAUUGACUUUCUACAGAUAAGGUUUUACCAAGUUCAAAGCGAUUUUCGGGACUUAAUGUUUGUAGUCUUUCAUAUCUAAUAUUUUGCACCCUUACAAUUCACGAGCCACUCAAUGAUUUUUAAAAAUUGACUUAUCGUGAUAAACGUAAUAAUAUGGAAUAUAUUUAUAAAUAAUCUGAAUGUAACUUUUACAAAGAUCUUCUAUAUUUAACAAGAACAUGCAUAAAUUAAUAAGUCGUAACCGCAAAUUUUAAUUACAACAAAUAGAGAUCAUGAAUUUGUACGGUAUAGAAUUAGAAGAUUCUAUCAGAAACUUUGAAUGAAGUAUGUACAUCAAGAUUGGUACAUCGAUAUAUUGCUUAUAUAAACAAUUGAAAUAUUUCCCUAUUGCAUUUUAUUGCAUGUACGCCAAAUAUAAGCUGUUGAUAUUGAACAAUAUUUACUAUACAUUUAAGUGCAUUUCGUGUAAGCAAACAAAUAAUACAAUCCCUUUUGCAGCUAUAUUAAAGAACAAAUUCGAAGGAAAAUAAUCAUAUGAAUACGUGAAAUCAAGGUUUACUAAAAAUUACGUCUUAUACUUAUUAUCUAUGCAGUUUUUACAAUAUGAUUCUAUAAUAAUAAACAACAAGAGACUUAUUAAAUAAAUUGACGUAGAAUUCACAUUAUGCAACAAACGCAUGUUCAUAUACGUAAGGAAAAAAUGCGCAAAAAUAAUAAUGCUCUAAAAAAUUUCUUUUUCUAAAAUCAAAUUUUCAAAUUAAACACUCAGAUUUUUGUAAAUAAUUUUUUAUAUUUAGUAUUUCUGCCGUAGCGAAGUACUGAUCGAAUCGCUGCACGCAAGAGAUACUGUAUUGUAAAAAUUGUUGGUUUCGCAAAACUUCACUUAGUUCAAAAAAGAACGUAAAUUGAAGAUUAAUGCAGAUAUGUGCGUACCAUAUUAUGAAGUGCACAAAAUAAUCAUAAUUAGAAAUAAAAUCAAAGGUCGAAAUAGUUUCAGCUGAAUAUUACUUAUCCGAGGUAAAGGACCAACCAACGAUCUUUAGGCACCGAUCCUUUACCGUCUAGCCAUAUAUAGUCUUUUUUUUUAAAUUAACGGAUUAACUGAUCUCUAUACUAUUGAAUAUAGCUGCUACAAUAAAUAACACAUUUGAAAUUUUUAUACUCAAUAACAUAUCUUGUAUAUCUUGAUAGAAAUGAAUCGAAAAAAUUAAACAACAAAAAUAUAAUAGAAUCCUCUCAUCUUACCGUAAGUGUACAGCAUUAAAAAGGAUUGAAUAUAUAUAUAAGAUAUGAAUAACCAGUUUUGCAAUAAAUGUGUUAAAGGCUAGGUUGCACAAGUCUAAAAUUUUCAUCGGAUGUUCGAUUGAUAGAAAUACAAUAUCAACGUCACAAAUAUAAUAGAAGAUAAAUUUACAUUUUUUAUCUUAUAGUUGAGAAUAGUGCGUUAAAAGUUAACUAAUAUACAGGAAGUUCAAACGUUUAUAGUAUAGAAAAUAUCGUUCUUCAAAUUAUUUGUCCUGAACAAGGACGUUCAAACUUAGAUCUUUGGAAUCGAACUCAGACCCGAUAAUAGCAUUUUAAUUUAACGUAAGAAGAUUUUGCUUCUAUAGUAUACUGGACAAAUAAUGAUUGUUGUAGCAAAAAAGUUGUAGUUAUAUUCAAAAGAAAAUAAUUGAUGCAUUUGAAAUCCGAAAUGAACUAAAGAAAGUAUUUAUCAAUAAAUGUUCCAGCUAAUUCACUGAAAAGACCAAUAUGCGUUGAUAAUUGUCUCUUUGAACAAUGCAGCAGUUCUGUAGAAAGUGAACGAUAACAUAAUAAUACUAUUAUUAUAUGAAGCGAUACAAUAUUGCACGAGGCAUUAACUUAACUUCAAACGUCGAAACAUAAGAAAUAAUGUCAAAAUGAAUUAUGUAAUUUACGUAACAAUAUUAAUGUUGUGUACGUGCGACUGAAUAAUAAACUUGCGAUUCUUAUGGUAUCACAAUAUAGCUACUAAAUUAUGUAAUGUAUAGUCGGAGUUAUAACGAAACGUAGUGUUUGUAGAUCGAGUUGAAUAUUGUAUAAUAACGGAAAAAUUGACCCAUUAUAGUGAAUUACCUUAUACGUGAAUUAUAAAUAUUGUCAAAUAAUGCAAAAUUAAAAACUUAAAUAUAUUAUAUGAUGAAUAUAAAAAGAUGGGGAAAACUGAUAGAAUCAGGGUAUAAGGCGAUUACGCUGAUUGUGUAUUAUAAUGUAGUUAUAUAUACUUCAUGUGAUGUAUUAAACGCGUGCCGGCGCCGCAUUCUUGUAAAUAUGAUAAUUAUAUAAUUAUUAACGAUUAAUUACCACAGUGCAGGUACGAUACUUAUAAACUAUACAAAUUUCUACCAACAAUAUUACCUAAGUACAUCCUAGAUGAUAUUAUAGUGAUGCAAAGAAAUAUGAGAAUGAUUUCCUUGACGAGAUUCGAAUGACAUAAUAUUCCCGUACACACCUGUGUAGAUUUGCGUUUACUUUAAAAUUUUCAAUUAAAUUAUUGUUCAAAAUGAAUCUGCAUUACAAAGUCAGUUUAUUAUCGAUGAUAUCGAAAUAUUGGGGUAGUUAUUUAGUUAUUUAUAGUUGUGAUAAAAAUUGAAAAACUAAACGAAUUCGAAUGUCGUCGAUGAAAAAAGCUAAUCAAAGUGUGCGUUUACGGACAACCCCAGAUCGCAAACUGACCUAAUUUAAAAAUGUAUGCCUUACAUGUAUUUUAUUACUCAUGAUACUAAUUAAACUUGUGCGUGGUACGCUAAGUGUCCAUUGUAUCUUAGAUAAUAAAGCAACGGACCAAAUCUCUAAUUAUGUUUGCUAAUCACUCGAUUACUUACGUAGAGUACAUACACGUUAGAGAGGUGAGAUUUGAAAGAUUAUGCGUAGGAACAAACGCUCGAGUAAUAUGAAUAUUUUUAAUUUCACGUGAAUCAAUUGAAAUAAUCUCCGUUCUGCGAAUUUGAAAAGUAAUCGAAAUUUUUUACAGUUUACUAUGAUAUAAACCCGAUCUAAAAUCAAUAAAUCUUCCAAACAGUCGAGAGCGCAAGCUUGUCACAAAUAACUGUCAUUGUAGGGAAAUGAAGCUUUUUUAACGGAUAACAAUCUACGUCUGUUAUCUAUGUGAGGAUUUAUUGUAGCGUUUAUUAUAAUGUAUAAUACAAAGUUGAUUUAGUGAAGAUUUCGAAAAAUUAUUCGAGGAAAUUAAAUUUUAACUUAUAUAAAAAUUCACAAAUUAACUCUACAAUAACUAAUUGUAUCGAUAUUGUGAAAGAAUAUCAGUGACAAAAAGUCAAAAUGUUGCUUGACUAUGUAAAAUGUUUCGAAGGAGAAUAAAAACGCGUUCACGUGACUAGAAUUUUGUGUAAACAUAUUUGUGAAGGCAAAACAAGAUGUAUCAAAAGAAUACAAUUGUGAUGAUAUAUUUUUAGGAGCCAAAGUACUAAGUAGUUGCUUUGUCGGUAUUUCGCGCUGCUCGAAGUAGUAGAUUUGUCGGAAACGAAAAGAAACAUGCAAAUUACAAAAAAAAAAAAAAAAAAAAAAAAAAAGAAACCAACAACGUUGUAACGUGUAGCGGAUAAACAACAAAAACGCAUAUGAUUAGCUGAAAAAAAAAUUACUAAACGAUAAUGUACUGUCCAUUUAUUAAAGAUACGAGGAUCGAACCGAUGUUCCUUGUAUUAUUGUAUUAAUUACUGAUAAUAACAUGAAUGAAUAACCUACUACAAAUAAAUGUUGCCUUUUGUCACAUUGGUAAAUGGGAUUAUGAAUAUGUAGUUCUACAUAUUAUGAUAAACAAACAAAAAAAAAACUAACUAAGAACACAUGCACGAUUAUUGAUUCGAUUGCAGUUUAUUGCAGUGCGUGUAUAUUAAUAAGUACAUACAUUGUGUUGUGUCGAAGUUAAACGCCCUUGUCAUAAAACUGUAGGGCUGAAAUAAAAUUGAUUAAACAAUUGCAAA